GCCGGGAGGGGCAUCGGCGGGCGGGUCGGGUUACCGUGGCCCCGCCUGACCCGGUGACAUCCCGGCGCGCUCGCCGCGAGCUCAGGGCCACUCUGGUUCUCUCCGAGGCCGCCUCCGCCCUGGCAGGAGGAUCCUGGAGCCCCUGUCCGCCGUCCCCCUCGCGCGUGACGACCGAUCUCAGGCUGAGCAAUGGCAUUUCAAAAGGCAGUGAAAGGGACUGUUCUUGUGGGCGGAGGAGCUCUGGCCACUGUUUUGGGACUCUCUCAGUUUGCUCAUUACAGAAGGAAGCAAGUGAGCCUGGCUUACGUGGAAGCAGCAGACUACCUCACAGAGCCUGUGAACAGGGAGCCUCCUUCCAGAGAAGCUCAGCUCAUGACUUUGCAGAACACGUCAGAAUUUGACGUCCUCGUUAUUGGAGGAGGAGCUACAGGAAGUGGCUGCGCACUGGAUGCCGUCACCAGAGGACUAAAAACAGCCCUUGUAGAGAGAGACGACUUCUCAUCGGGGACUAGCAGCAGAAGCACUAAAUUGAUCCAUGGUGGUGUGCGGUAUCUCCAGAAGGCUAUCAUGAACUUGGAUGUUGAGCAGUAUAGGAUGGUGAAAGAAGCCCUCCAUGAACGUGCCAACUUACUGGAAGUCGCUCCCCAUUUAUCAGCUCCGUUGCCUAUAAUGCUUCCAAUUUACAAGUGGUGGCAGUUACCUUAUUACUGGGUGGGAAUCAAGAUGUAUGAUCUGGUUGCAGGAAGUAAUUGCCUGAAGAGCAGUUACGUCCUCAGCAAGUCCAGAGCCCUCGAGCAUUUUCCGAUGCUGCAGAAGGACAAGCUUGUAGGAGCCAUUGUCUACUAUGAUGGACAACACAACGAUGCACGGAUGAACCUUGCCAUUGCCCUCACAGCUGCCAGGUAUGGGGCUGCCACGGCCAAUUACAUGGAGGUAGUGAGCUUGCUCAAGAAGAAAGACCCCGAGACUGGGAAAGAGCGUGUGAGUGGUGCGCGGUGCAAGGAUGUCCUCACAGGGCAGGAGUUUGACGUGAGAGCCAAAUGUGUUAUCAAUGCCACCGGCCCCUUCACAGACUCUGUGCGCAAAAUGGAUGAUAACAAUGCUGCUGCCAUCUGCCAACCCAGUGCGGGUGUCCACAUUGUGAUGCCUGGGUACUACAGCCCCGAGAACAUGGGACUUCUUGACCCUGCAACCAGCGAUGGAAGAGUUAUUUUCUUCUUGCCUUGGGAGAAGAUGACAAUUGCUGGCACUACUGAUUCGCCAACAGACAUCACAAGCCAUCCUAUUCCUUCAGAAGAAGACAUCACCUUCAUCUUGAACGAAGUGCGGAACUACUUGAGUUGUGAUGUUGAAGUGAGAAGAGGGGAUGUCCUAGCAGCAUGGAGCGGUAUUCGCCCCCUUGUUACCGAUCCCAAGUCUGCAGACACUCAGUCCAUCUCCCGAAAUCAUGUCGUGGAUGUCAGUGACAGUGGCCUCAUCACAAUAGCAGGAGGGAAGUGGACCACGUAUCGCUCUAUGGCAGAAGACACUGUGAAUGCAGCUAUCAAGAUUCACAACUUGAAAGCAGGACCAAGUAGAACAGUUGGGCUGUUCCUUCAAGGAGGCAAAGAUUGGAGCCCCACACUCUACAUCAGACUUGUCCAGGACUAUGGCCUUGAGAGUGAGGUGGCACAGCAUCUUGCUACCACCUAUGGUGACAAGGCUUUCGAGGUGGCCAAAAUGGCAAGCGUGACUGGAAAACGGUGGCCUAUCGUUGGAGUGCGUCUCGUGUCAGAAUUUCCGUACAUCGAAGCAGAGGUGAAGUAUGGGAUUAAGGAAUAUGCCUGCACCGCCGUUGACAUGAUUUCACGUCGCACCCGCCUGGCAUUUCUCAAUGUCCAGGCUGCAGAGGAAGCCCUGCCUAGGAUUGUUGAAUUAAUGGGCAGAGAACUGAACUGGAGUGAUUUGAAGAAACAGGAAGAACUUGAAACGGCCACGAAGUUUCUGUACUAUGAGAUGGGCUAUAAGUCUCGAACAGAACAACUCACAGAUCGUUCUGAAAUUAGCCUGAGUCCUUCAGAUAUUGAUAGGUACAAGAAGAGAUUUCAUAAGUUUGAUGCAGACGAAAAAGGCUUUAUUACCAUUGUUGAUGUUCAGCGGGUACUAGAGAGUAUCAACAUUCAGAUGGAUGAAAACACACUUCAUGAAAUUCUUAAUGAAGUAGAUUUGAACAAAAAUGGACAGGUUGAGCUCAAUGAAUUUUUGCAGCUCAUGAGUGCAAUUCAGAAAGGAAGGGUGUCUGGGAGCCGCCUCGCCAUCCUGAUGAAAACUGCCGAGGAGAACUUGGACCGCAGAGUUCUGAUUCCCGUGGAUCGGAGCUGUGGAGGAUUGUGAGUCUUCCCACUAGAUCCACAGCCAGCACUAUGUACCGACCAGAGACGACUUAAACCACUCUAAAAAUAGUGCCUAUGGUAGCUGCAUUUUUAAAAACAACAACAACAACACAACAACAGAACCUAAAAAAACACUGGAAAACAUUCCGAAACUUUGAAGAUGUUGGUGUAUUGGCCAAUCCUUUAUGUUACUUGCCGUUCAUUCUAGCUUCUGAAGUGCUGUUCUCCUUUUUAGUGCACAUUGAUUUAGUGUUUCGUAUCCAUUUGGCAACCUGUCAGACUUGACACUGC